ACAAACAAUGGCUGCUAUUAUUUAUUUCAAUAUGUCAGCCUUGUGACGUGUAUGUUUUUUUUUUUCUAACUUUCUACUAUAUGACAUCGCCAUAAUAUUAUUAUUGACAAAUUAAAAUUAUAAAAAUAUAAUUAAAAUGGAAUAUUUUAAAAGUGGUUUAAAGUCUGUACUUGGUGCUCCAGAACCAGGAAGUCAGCCAACCGGUGCCGAUACAGUUGAACGUCUUGUUGAUCGACUUCAAUCAUCAAGUCUUUUAGAUGAUCGUCGUGAUGCUUGUCGAGCUCUUAAAGCUCUUUCAAGAACCUACCGACUGGAGGUUGGUGCUCAGGGUAUGGAUUCAUUUCGUCAAGUUUUAGAAAUGGAUAGAGCAGAUGGUGAAAUAAUUGGACUAGCUCUAGAUACACUAUGUAACAUAACUAAUCCAGAAAUAUUUGAUGAUGAAGCUGAUACACAUGGUCCCAUCUCAAAAAUUGGUGAACAGUUUACAGAAAUAUUUAUAAAACAAUCAGACAGUGUUGGUCUUGUUUUAGCAUCACUUGAAGAUUUCGAUUUUCGUGUAAGAUGGCCAGCACUUAAAUUACUCUCAAAUUUAUUAUUUAAUCGACCCAAGGACAUACAGGAAAUAAUUUUAAUAAGUCCAAUGGGUGUGUCAAAAUUAAUGGAUUUAUUAAGUGAUACAAGAGAAGUCAUUAGAAAUGAUGCUUUACUUUUACUUAUACAAUUGACAAAAGGAAAUGCAAAUAUACAAAAAAUUGUUGCAUUUGAAAAUGCAUUUGAUAGAAUAUUUGAUGUUAUUAUUCAAGAAGGUGGAGCUGAGGGUGGAAUUAUUGUUGAAGAUUGUCUUUUAUUAAUGUUAAAUUUAUUAAAAGGCAAUGUUAGCAAUCAAAAUUUUUUUAAAGAAGGUAGUUAUAUUCAACGAUUAACACCAAUGUUUCAGCUACCACCAGAUUUAGAAGAAAAUGGUUGGAGUCCUCAAAAAGUUGCAAAUGUACAUUGUAUGGUACAAGUUAUACGUGCAUUAGUUGCACCAAGUUGUUCAGCACAAAUUGUAUCAUCAUGUCAAAAAAUAAUGAAAGCAUGUAAUUUAUUACAAUCACUUUGUGAUAUUCUUAUGGCAAGUGGUGUACCAGCUGAUGUAUUAACAGAAACAAUAAAUGCUGUUGCUGAAGUUAUAAGAGGUAAUACUGUUAAUCAAGAAUUAUUAGCAAAUGUUAUGGCACCAAGUAGUCCACCAAGACCAGCAAUUGUUGUACUUUUAAUGUCAAUGGUUAAUGAAAAACAACCAUUUCAUCUUAGAUGUGCUGUUUUAUAUUGUUUUCAAUGUUUUUUAUAUAAAAAUGAAGAAGGACAAAUACAAAUGGUACAAACUUUAUUACCACAAAGUAAUGAAGCACCAUCAUUGACAACUGGACAAUUAUUAUGUGGUGGUUUAUUUUCAUCAGAUACAUUAUCAAAUUGGUUAUCAUCAGUUGCAUUAUCACAUGCACUUAUUGAUGAUAAUAGAAUGCAAAAAGAACAACUUUUACGUGUUUUAUUGGCAACAAAUAUUGGAAAACCACCAGUAACAUUAAUGCAACAAUGUGUUAUGCUACUUCAACAAGGUAAUAAAUCACAAAGUAAACUUGGUUUACUUAUUUUACUUUGUAGAUGGACAGCAUAUUGUCCAAUGGCAGUUAAAGCAUUUGUUAGUAUUGAUUCAUCAAUAACAUAUUUAACAGCUUUACUAUCAGCUCAUGAUAAUAAUGAUGAUUUAAAUGAAAUAUUAAUACAAAGUAUGUGUGCAUUUUUAAUUGGUAUUUGUGUACAUUUUAAUGAUAAUCAAGUUGAUAAUUAUACUAAAGAUAAAUUAUGUAAUUUAAUUGAAAAUAGAAUUGGCAUUGAACGUUUUCAAGAUGCAAUUUGUGGUAUUACUAGACAUGAAAUAUAUUCACGUACGUUGAAACAUCCACAACCAUCAGUUAAAGUACCAGAUGAUUUAUUACUUGAUCAUGAAUUUUGUCGUUUAUUAAAAACACUUGAAGCAACAAUAACUGACAGUGUCAUGAAAGGAAGUCAAAUUGAAACAAAUAAUUCCGAUGAAACAAAUAAUAGUACAGCACUUUUACAACAAUAUAAAGAUUUAAUACGUCAACAAGAUAUGGAAAUAAAACAAUUGAAAAAAAUUAAUGAUGACAUUAUUGAUGAUAAAAUGAAAUUUGAAAGUAAAAUUAAUGAAUUACAAUUGGAAAUUUGUCAUCUUAGAGAUCAAAAUAUUGUUUUACGUGCUGCUCAAACAAAUUUAAAUGAUGAUAAUAUUGAAAAACAAAAUAAUAAUGAUGAUCUUGUUAAAAAUUUAAAUGAUAAAAUUAAUGAGCUAACAAGUCAGCUAAAUAAUUCUACUAUUAAUGAAAAAUUAUUGAAUGAUAAAUGUAGUGAACUUGAUAAAUUAAAGAAAGAUCAAGAUGAUCUUUUGGAAUUGUUGGCUGAUCAGGAUAAAAAAAUUCACGAAUAUAAAACAAAGUUAGCUUUACUUGGUGAAAAGAUCGAGUCAGACGAGAGUUCAGGUGAAUUGGAUGAACAAUUGGAUUCUAGCAAAGAUUAAUAUAAUAAAAGAUUUAUAAAUAAAAAAUUAAAAUAUUAAUUU